UCCUAAAUAUUCAACGGUUUAUUCCGAAAAUUUUCCCUUCAGAAGCGAUGACUUCGAUUCGAGUUGUCGCGGUAGUGAUAUCUUGUGUAGUUCUUUUGGAAGUGACAUCUUGCACUUAUCCAAUAUACUCGGGACCUGCUCCAGAUUGCUACAACCCUAAGAUCGCCCUAUUUCACAAAUACCCACUCAUCUUCAAAAUCAAACAGAGAUUGUGCAAGAAAAUAUGUCAACCACUGGCUGGUAUCCCACUCUGCCCGCCGUCGGAGGGAGGAGUGUGCAUCAGGCCGAAGAAAAACCUCGUGUACAGCGUUCCUCCGGCAGUACCAUGCGCCCCCUACAGUGUUCCAGCACCGGUGGCGCCUUAUUACCCGAAUUACGCGGUUCCUCCAACAUACGUUCCGGCCCCAGCACCAUGUGAAGUCUUGCAACCCGCUUUCGCGACGUGCGCUUAGAAAUCGAUUAAGUGUUUAUUUAUUAACUUAACUCAAUGUAAAAAUUGUGCAGCUAUAUAUGUAUACAUAAUUUCUAGAAACAAUUGACAGCUUAGCAAACCAGGAUAUUUUCAAAUUUAAUGAGCUGGCGUAAAAAAUUUCAAACAAAUUCGGCAGUAAAGUAUGGAAUAGCGUCGUUGUUUUCAUAUGAGUUUCAUGUUUGCGUAACAAUG